AUGACUGCUAACACAUUUGGAUUGCACUUAAGCACUACUUCCAACAUAAUACAUCAAGUUUGUAGAGCAAUAGUUCAUGUGUUAGGUCCAAAGUAUAUCAAGCUUCCAAAAACCUACGACAAGAUGAGACAAAAGUCAGCUGAAUUCCAAGGGAAGUAUGGCUUACAACAAGCGUUUGGUUGCAUAGAUGAAACACAUGUUCCUACCAAACUUCCGCAAGCUGUGUGUGAUUUUCGAGGCAUUUUCAUGGACAUUGACUGUCGUUGGCCUGGAAGUGUUAAUGACGCAAAAGUAUUUGCUAACUCCAAGCUAAACAAAAUUAUGUGCUGCAACAAUAAUGAAGAGGUUUUGUUUAACACUAUUUUACGUCCUGCAAGAAACCCUGUGGAGUGCGCCUUUGGCCGAUUAAAAGCACGCUGGCGGUUUCUUUCUAAAAAAGUCGAGCUCAAAUUGGAACACAUACCAACUGUUGUUUAUGCUUGUUUCACCUUACAUAAUUUAUGUGAAAUAAAUAAUUGUUACGUAGAUCCACAUGAUGUGAAACAACAAUGCAUUCUUCAUCAAGAAAAGGAAGAAAGGUACAGAGAUGCGCCUGACCCAGUGUUUUCUAUUAACCUAGAUAAAGGGGCAGUUUGA